AAAGGGAAAGAUCAAGGAAAGAAAGGACCAGGGGGCAAGCCACUGGGAAAGAAUGAAUGUGCAAGGUGCCACAAGCAUGGGCAUUGGGCAGCUGAUUGCAAAGUGGAUCUUGGGAAAGGACAGAAUAGAAAAGUGCAGAAUGGAAAUUGGAAAGGAAAAAGGCAGAACCGUGGUGCUGCCGGACAGCCCAGAUGGGCUCCGGUUGCAGCCGGGUUAGUUGACCCUGCGUUAGAUGUGCAUGGAUUGGCCUCCGUGAGGGAGGAAGAUGAGUAUGAGCAAUAGGACAGACCGGCUCCCGGAUCCCCGGGUAGCCAUGGAGUGGUUAGGAUUGAACCAGGGGAGCCAAUGGUCGAUAUGAAAGUUGGAAAUCAAUCCGUUGAGUUUAUGCUUGAUUCCGGGGCUUCUAAGUCUGUGGUGAACACGGCUGUGUCUCACCCAACUGGAGAAGAUGUAAAUAUUGUGGCAGCUACAGGAAGACGAAAAGCUUGUCCUUUGUUGGCAGAGAGAGAAUGUUUGCUAGGAAGGCAUCUGGUCAGGCAUAGAUUCAUUUAUAUGCCUGAAUGUCCUGUGCCCCUGAUGGGAAGAGAUCUUUUGUGCAAAAUGAGAGCUGCCUUGCUUUUUGAGGAAGAUGGUUCAAUGUUGGCAGGAUUCAGGACAGGUCCAGAUAGACAACUGGUAGAACAGCAGUUGCAAAUGGCUUUGGAACUACCUAUGGAGGAAGAGUGGAGAUUGUAUUCUGUAUUGGAAGAAAGAACCGACUGGGAAGCAUUCAAUGUCCCAGAGGUGUGGGCAGAAGAUAACCCUCCGGGGUUGGCAAAGGAUGUUCCACCAGUCAUAAUUGAAUUAAAGCCCUUCGCAAAUCCGGUGGCAAUCCGACAGUAUCGGCUCCCUCGGGAGGCGAUCGUUGGAAUUGCGACCUAUUUGGAGAGGUUGGAAAGAUAUGGGAUACUGGUUCCUUGCCAGUCUCCAUGGAACACACCCUUGUUGCCAAUCAGAAAACUGGAUGGGUCAUACCGCCCUGUGCAGGAUUUGAGAGCUGUAAAUAAAUUAGUAGUCCCUCUCCACCCGGUAGUUCCAAACCCAUACACACUGCUUAGCCUUAUUCCACCCCAUCACCAAUGGUUUACUGUCCUGGACCUCAAAGAUGCUUUCUUUUGCAUCAGAUUGGCCGAAGAAAGCCAGAAGAUUUUUGCAUUUCAAAAGGAGGAUCCUGGGACAGGGGCCAAAGGUCAACUCGUUUGGUCAAGAUUGCCACAGGGGUUCUGUAAUUCCCCGACCAUUUUUGGACAAGCCCUGGCGCAGGACUUGCUGCCAAUGGUCAAAAAUGACAAAGGAUGGACCAUUCUCCAAUAUGUAGACGACAUUCUCCUCUGUGCAGAUAGUCGAGAAGAAUGUCUAGAAGGAACUCAGACCUUGUUGCAGUUUUUGGCAGACAAGGGUUACAAAGUUUCAAAGAAAAAGGCUCAGCUGGUUCAGCAGGAAGUGAAGUAUUUAGGUUUUCGCUUGGCUAAAGGUGUUCGGAGGCUAGAGGUGGAGCGCAAGGAAGCCAUUUGCUCCAUCCCUACCCCCCAAACUCGUAAGCAAGUCAGAGAAUUCCUGGGAGCGGCAGGGUUUUGUCGUAUAUGGAUUCCGAAUUUCGGACUAUAUGCCAAACCCCUCCAUGAGGCCACAAAAGGGAAGUCAGGAGACCCCUUGGUGUGGGGAACGGAACAGCAGGAUGCUUUUGAGCAAUUGAAGAAAGCCUUGAUGUCUGCCCCCGCUUUGGGGUUGCCUGAUUUGGACAAAACUUUCUACUUGUAUGUAGGAGAACGAAAAGGAGUGGCUGUAGGAGUAUUGACUCAGUUGGUAGGUGAUUGGCCCAGGCCAGUGGCUUAUCUGUCUAAACAACUGGACAAUGUGGCCUGUGGAUGGCCCCCAUGCUUGAGAGCUGUGGCGGCUGCUGCAGUUCUUGUAGAAGAAGCAAACAAGCUGACCUUAGGGCAGCCUGUGAUUUUAAAGUGUCCCCAUGCUGUAGUAACUCUAAUGGAACAUAGGGGGCACCAUUGGCUUACCAAUAGCCGGAUGCUUAAGUACGAGAGCAUGUUGGUGGACAAUCCACAGGUUAAAUUGUCAGUAUGCGCCACUUUAAACCCAGCUACCUUGUUGCCAGUGGAAGAAGGAGAAUUGAUGCAGCAUGAUUGUUUAGAAGUGAUGGAUGAAGUGUAUUCAAGUAGGCCAGAUCUCAAAGAUCUGCCACUACAGACUCCAGAAUGGGUGCUUUUCACAGAUGGUUCAAGUCGUGUGGUUGGUUCCGAAAGAAAAGCGGGAUAUGCAGUGGUGAAUAGCAAUGGGGAAACCCUAGAGGCAAAGGGGUUGCCUCCAGGAACUUCCGCACAGCGGGCCGAGUUGAUUGCUCUGAUAAGGGCCCUCCAAUUGGCUAAAGGAAAAAGAGUCAAUAUUUAUACUGACUCAAAAUAUGCCUUCACCACUCUGCAUGCCCACGGUGCCAUUUACAAGGAAAGAGGAUUGCUGACAUCUGCUGGACAGCAGAUCAAGAAUGCAACAGAAAUUUUGCAACUUUUAGAUGCAGUUUGGGAACCAAAAGAGAUAGCAGUCAUGCAUUGCAAGGGACAUCAGUAUGGUGAGGAUCAGGUAACACAGGGAAAUCGCCUGGCAGAUCAACAGGCUAGGAAAGCAGCAGAUGAGAGCACAUCAGAGGAAUCAGUUUUGCAAUUGGAUGUCACACCCACAGUAGAGUCCAUGACUUACUCUGCACAAGAGAAGGAGUGGGCCCUAGCAGAAGGGGCAAAGUGGAAGGGUAAUAUUCUCAUAUUACCCAAUGGGAAAAUCUUCGUCCCAAAAGCUUUGGGAUGGGAAUUGGUAAAGGAGGUUCACAGACAAACCCAUUUAGGUGCAACAGGAAUGGCUUCACUCUUGGAACGGCAAAUCUGGGUGGACGGCUUGCAUGCCUUGGCCAGAACCGCUGCUUUAAGAUGUGAAAUUUGUGCUAAGAACAAUCCCAGGAUGGGGCCAUUGCUCCCACCUGGAGUUCAGUAUUUGGGAACGACACCCUUUGAGUCUCUAGUGGUUGAUUUCACUGAAAUGCCAAAAGUCCAAAGAUUUCAUUACAUGUUGGUAAUGGUAUGCACAUUCUCAGGGUGGGUGGAAGCGUAUCCUACCACCUCUGAGAAGGCUGUAGAGGUCAGCCGUGCCCUGAUGAGGGAUGUAAUCCCUAGGUACGGAAUACCUUUACACAUUGGAAGUGACAAUGGCCCGGCCUUUGUUCACCAGGUCCUAGGGUGCCUAGCCCAGUUGUUAGGAACCGCAUGGAAAUUGCAUUGUGCUUACCGGCCCCAAUCUUCGGGGAAAGUGGAAAGGAUGAACAGGACUUUGAAAGGGACCAUCUCAAAGCUGUGUCAAGAGACUGGAAUGACAUGGGUUCAAAUAUUGCCAAUGGCAUUACUGAAGGUUAGAUGCACCCCCACCAGGGUUUUGGGUUUGUCACCUUAUGAAUUGUUAUAUGGAAGACCCCCUCUGAAAGUUAGACCUCUGCAAGGAGACAUACAUGAAUUAGGGAAACAAGAAUUGAUAAAAGAGGUCCAAGCUUUGGGUACAGUGUUAAACAAACUGUAUAAAUAUACUGGCAUGCUGCGUUACCCUUUUCCCGUUACUGCGUUACAUUCUUUCUCACCAGGAGAUUUUGUUUGGCUGAAAGAUUGGAAGUGCGAUCCCCUCGGCCCAAGGUGGAAGGGACCACUGGAGGUGUUACUUACAACCCCUACUGCUGUGAAGUUAAAGGGUAUAAAGCCGUGGGUACAUUACACUCGUAUCAAGAAGGACUACACCACCAAAGAUCCUGAUUACUGGAAGGUAAACCUACACAAGGACAAUCCACUCAAAUUCACACUCACACGCCCUAAGGGUCAAGCUACCAAGAGCUGCCCUGAAGAGGAGGGGCCCGAAGCUACCUAGAGCUAGCCCCAGAGGUCAGGUUACCAAGAACCGCCUUGAAGAAGGAAGGAGGGUACACUUCCGAGAGUGUCCCAAAAGACCGAAUGGACACUUGGUUUUGGGUGUGGGGAAUUGGGGGUUCCUGUGUGGGUUGUAUUCUGUUUCUGUGUUGGCUGAAAUUCUGUGAUAUUGAGGAC